UUUCCUUUCAUCGAUCCUUCUCAUUCUCACUCCCUUCUCUCUCUCUCUCUCUCUCUCUCUCUCUCUCUCUCUCGCACUAGCUAUCAAAAGCCCUCGAAUUCGAAGCUUGAAUUCGCCAUGGCGUCUGCUUGAUGAGCCCGGAACCGGUCUGGAUCGGAUUACUCGUGCUAUAGUAUAGUCAGUAACUAGACCACAUGAACUAUUUGAUUGGAACUCUGGACAUUUGCCACCAUAUUCUUGAUGCACCUGUGUUAUAUUAAUAUGGGCGACUCCGGGGGGCAUGAGAACUUUGGGAAGAAAGCCAUGUCAGAUGCGUCAGUCAAAGCUUAUCGUUAUUCUCUCCUUCUCUCUCCUGUUGUUUCUGUCUGGGACUGCAUCGUUCGUAAAAUGAGAUAUUCUUUCAGGCCUGAAUGGGUGUAGGUCUAGAACAGUAACUACCAAAGUGUUUCCUGCUGAUUUAAGUUACUGUUGUGGAUGUGCAAGGAGUUUAGGUUUUUGAAUUCUAGGGAGGUGAAUCAGGUGAUCAUGCAGUUUGCAUUAUAUUAGCUAUCUGAAAGGAAUAGUCUGAAAUUAAGAAUAGAAACUUCGACGAAUAGGCCCUUAUAAUUAUGGAGAGAGUUGGAUGUGGUCAGCCAGCACCAGUCUUGAGGAAGGCUAAGAAGAAACAUGCUAAAGAUGAGCUAGACAAGCAGAAGCAGGCUGAGAAGAAAAAGAGACGCCUUGAAAAAGCCCUGGCGACUUCAGCUGCCAUACGAUCAGAGUUAGAGAAGAAGAAGCAAAAGAAGAUUGAAGAACAACAAAGACUGGAGGAGGAGGGUGCGGCAAUAGUUGAGGCAGUAGCUCUGCAUGUACUUUUAGGGGAAGAUUCUGAUGAACCUUAUCAACUUUUGCUGAACAGUCAUAAAGAUUACAACCCCUGGGAAUACAACAGCAAUGUUAGCCUAUUCUUGGGUUGUCCGAGCCUUGGAAAGCCUUCAGUUGAAGAGCUGGGAUGGAUGCCCAAUACUUGCAGGCUAGACUGCAAAAGAAAUGAUCGGAGAAGUAUGCCUUCUUUACCCCAUGUGAUGCAUGUAAGAGAUGUCCGAACUCCUUGUUUGGAGGAGACAUACACAGGGUCAGAUAUCUGUCCAGGAUUAGUGGCCGCAGAGGCUGUAUCAUCGCUGCAAAUUGCUGAAGAUUCAUGUGAGGAUCCAUUCCUCAGAAAUGGCGCUGCUUCUGUUGUCAUCAAUAGAAUGCUCAGAGGAAGCAAUGGAGGUAACAAAGUAAAUUUCUACAACAAGUUUUAAUCAGAGUUCUGAUUAGACAUAUGCAUAGACUUUGCUGGUCUGUGCUUCGUCUCCAAAGAACUUCACCUUUCUCUAUACUGCAUGAUACCAUCUGUGCAGGAUCCUAAGUUUGCAGCUUUCAUACUCUACAGAAUACUAUAAUUUCCCCCUCAUCUAUUGUUGUGAAUAUUGUCAAGAGUGUGAUAUGAUGUUUUUGCUUUUGUUGGUGAGUUUUCAUGUUAAUAAUGCUGCUAUUUAGGCAGAUCUAUGGAAAAAUAUAUUGCCCAGAAUUGUAUUAAAAAUAGUUUGAUGUUGUGAUUACUUUUUUAUGUGAAUGAAGAGUUGAAGUGAUUAGCUUUAUUUUGU